ACCUCCGCGGGAGCAGGGGCAGCGCCUGUGCCCGGACCCUGCCGCUGGCGGGGGACACACCGGCGGAAAGGAAAACCGGAGUUUUUCCCCAGGGCCAGUCCAUGGAGGCUGAAGUCUGUAAGCCUGGGGACACCUUCAGUAGUAAUCUCCAAAUUCUGAAAUGACCACCCUGCCCCGACUACCCAUGACGCGCCCAAAGCUUACAUCCUUAGCCAGACAGAAGCUGCCAUGUUCCCCCAGUGCUAUUCCAAGGUCUCAAUUGAUCAAAGAAAAAGAUGACAUAGAUCAUUAUCUGGAUAUGAAUUUCAAAGGAUUGUCAAAAGAGGAGGUUGCUGCUCACCGGAACUCAUACAAGAAGAACAUCUGCGUGGACAUGCUGCGGAAUGGUUACCAUAAGUCCUUCACCGAGCUCUUCACUCUGAUGGAGCAGUGGGAUGCCCACAGGGAGGCUGCACGCGUUAGAUCCCUCUUCUGGUUGCAGAAACCCCUGGAGGAGCAGCCUGAUAAACUGGAUCACUUCUACCGCUACCUGACCAGGGCUGAGGCGGCUGAGCGCAAAGAAUACUUUGAAGAUGUCUAUAAUAACUUGUAUGCUCUGGCCUCUUGCUUCAAUAAUUCUGAAGACAAGUGGGUAAGGAACUACUUCUAUGAACGAUGUUUUAAAAUUGCUCAACUGAUAAAAAUCGAUGGCAGGAAGAAAGAAGCAGAGGCGCACGCGCACAUGGGACUUCUCUUCGAGGAAGAGGGUCAGCUUCUGGAAGCUGCUGAGCAUUAUGAAGCAUUCCAUCAAUUGACGCAAGGGCGGAUAUGGAAGGAUGAGACAGGCUGCUUUCUCAACUUGCUGGCCUGCAAGAGUCUCUUGAGGACUUACAGAUUACUCUCAGACAAAAUGCUAGAAAAUAAAGAAUACAAACAGGCCAUCAGAAUUCUAAUAAAAGCUUCUGAAAUAGCCAAAGAAGGAAAUGACAAAAAGAUGGAAGGAGAAGCUUCCUAUUACUUGGGCUUAGCGUACUUGGCUGCUGGGGAACUUGAAACAGCACUAACAGUCCUUAGCACUUACAGUAAAAUCUCUACAGACCUGGAUGAUGACCUAAGCCUGGAGAGAGCCUAUGAAGCAAUAGCCAAGGUCCUGCAGAGCCAAGGAGAGAUGACAGAAGCAAUUAAGUACUUGAAAAAAGUUGUGAAAAUUGCAAGAAACAAUUUUCAAAGCCUGGAUGUUGUGAGAGCAAGUACAAUGCUUGGGGACAUCUACAAUAAAAAAGGGUGUUACAACAAAGCUUCUGAAUACUUUCAGCAAGCUUUUGAUACAACGGCAGAGCUAACAAACAUCUCUCUAAUGGAUGAAACAAAAGUUCAUUAUGGAAUAGCAAAAGCUCAUCAGUUAAUGAUGACAGUCAACAAUUACAUAGAAACUGCUGAUCCCACAAGCCUUGACUGCCUGCUGUCGUGGAAGGAGAGUAGAAGAGACAUGGCACCUGAUCCAAUAGGUAAGGCUUUGAUUUUUUAA